AUGGAUUUCUUUGAUUCGGUGAACGACCUCAUUAAUAUUUUAUUAAAUGUUGUGGAAAAUAUUAAAGUUGAAGACAAAGUUUUUUUUAGUCCCUCUAAAAUCUUUGAUUUAAAUUCAACAUCAUCAAUAUCGUCACAUGAUAGAAAUUUUUGUUGGUUAUCGAUUUCUGACGGUUACUUUGCAGACGAAUCACAAACACAGGAUCAAGGUAUAUUCGAAAUCUUGGCAGAUUUAGGAUUUCUUGUGAUCAAAGUUCCUAGUGACAUAUUGACUGUGUUGAAAGAAUCUAAAAAUGGAUCUUCGAUUAAAUUCUAUUCACCCAAGAUUGUAAAGCUUUUCUUCCAUGAAAGGAAAUAUUUGCUGAAUGAUCUUCCAAGAGAUGAAAUUCUCAUCAUAUUUAAUUAUAUUUUGGAUGAUGAUGAUUCAGAUUAUUUAGAUGGAUUAAAAAUGAUUCCGUUAUCUGAUGGAUCAUUAGGUACAAUUUCAACGGCAUCAUCAAAUCAAGGGGAUGAGGAUUAUUAUUAUAUUGGUCCUGACAAUGAUCAAGAAAUACUUGAAUAUGAUGAGAGAAAGGUUUUUAAAAACCAUUUAGCCAAAUUCAUCGAUAAAGGAAUUUCAUCAGAAUUAUGGAAUAAAUUAUACAACAAUGCAGAAACGAAUCGUCAUGGAAUCAGCAAUAUUAAAAUUUUGAAUGAAAGUGUAGUUGCUAAAAUGAUCGAGUCAAACUUGGUUAAUUCUGUUAAUUAUAACGAAAAAUACGAUGAGAUAAGAAUGCAUAAAAAUGAUAAUGAUCAACGCGAAUGGAUUUAUCAGUUAUGGGGGAACUUAUUGUAUAGAGAAAUGUUUGAAUUUAAACAUUUUGAAAAUCUUCAUAUUUUACCAACUAAUGAUGAUAAUAUUAAUAUUACUUUGAGAAAAUUAAAAACUAUUCAAAAAUGUUUUUGUUAUAGUGGUAGGAAAACCGAAUCAUCUGAAGAAAUAAUUAUCAUUCUUAAAUCGUUUGGACUUGUUUUUGUUGAAAAAGAAUUCAAUGAAAAUUUUGCACCAAAAGAAACCAGAUUAAAAAAAUAUGUAUUCAACAUCACAGAUGUAGUAGCAGUAUUAAAUGAGGUAGAUGAAAAUGACAAAUUGAUUAAUUUGAUUGGAACUAAUAAACAAUGGUUUCUUCUACCAACAGAAGAUGAACAAUCUUAUGGAAAAAUUAUUGUGCCAAAAAAUAAAGAUGUAUUUUUACAUGUUGGAACUGAUAGUAGUGACAGUUACAGAUAUCUUCUUGAAGAUGUAAUCAAAAUUCCACGUCUACAGCAUGUAAGAUAUUGGAAGGAAUUUGUUUUACCAUAUUUGGAAAAACGUAAUUUUGAUGAAAUUAAAUUAGUUAUCAAAAGACUUUUUGAAGUAUCACCUGUACUUAUGAGAAAUGAUAAUGAGUUUAAAGAGCAAUUAUCAGAGACUAAAUUUGUACCUAGUGGAUCGAUAUUGAUGGUCCAAGGAAAAGCAGCAGGUGAUGAUAAAAUUGUAUUAUCUAAACCGAAGGAACUUUACGAUCCAGAGCUUCUAGAAUUCUUCUUUGAUGAUGAAAAACUUAAUGGUUUUCUUUAUGAAUUGGGAUUAAAACGUUCAUUAUCAAUUAAUGACAUAUCUGAUCGAAUAAAAUCUUACUGUGGUCAUAGAAAAAAUGCUGAUAAUGAGAAAUUGGAAAUUGUACACAAAAAAUCUUUAAGUUUUCUGAAACAUAUUGACAGGAUAUGGGGAAAAAAAAAGACUCAUGAACAGAAACCCUAA